AUGUUUAAUUGUGUGAAUAUUUUUAUAGCAAGUAUUUUCUUGAACAGCGUUUCACCGACUUUAUUCUCAGUCUUCUCAGUCUACACGAAUGCUUUCGGCCUGAGGGCAUGUGCGGCUGAUGUUGCUAAUAUCCAGCUCGUGUUCGGGUACAACUCUUGCCUGAAAUGUGCAGCUAAAUGUUCAAAUACGAUCAACUGCGUCGGAUGCAACUACCAGGCGGGUUCGAAGAGUUGCUCGCUCUUCGUCAAUUGCACAAAACUCGCAACGAGAUACAACACGCUAAAUACCUGCGUCUUAUAUCAGAACAAAAAAUUGGCCACUGGAUUAUCUUUAAACGAUGUUAAAGCCAACUAUCUUGGCUGCUACACUGACAAGCCUAAUCCGAACAGGGAUUUUUCUAUAAAAGCGUUCGACGACUUGUCCGCUCUAACAACUGCCAAAUGCUGGAAAGCCUGUAUUGAUCUCAACUACACUGUUUUUGGAACGCAGUAUUCUUACACCUGUUUUUGCACUCAUUUCUUUGGGAGAUAUGGCCAAAGUGUUGGUUGUAACAGUAAAUGUACGGGGGCAUUAGACGAAUUUUGUGGAGGGGUCUAUUUGAACAGUGUCUAUACUGUUUGCGACAGAGGAAUGUACGGACUGAAGUGCAAUAUGAGUUGUCCGUGUGGUCCUCAGUGUGUGUGCCACCGUCUCGAUGGUACAGUCAUUCUGUAG